AUGACUGAAGUGGUAACUUACAGAGAUGACAGAGUUCAGACUGAGCUGAAGAAUGAAGCUUGUUCUUUGCUCUCUCUCUCUGUUUCUCAGGGUGACCAGGAGGUGAAAUCCGUCGCCCCGGGAAACGAGCCAGAGGAGCCCAGCAGCAGCGGGGCCCGGGCCAGUGCCGAGGUGGAGCCCGACAAGUUCGAGCUCCCUCCAGAGUCGGACGAGGAGUACAUGGUGGUGGAGGAGGCCGACUCCUCGGCAGCCAGCCGCAUAAAGAAGACGGGGCUGACGCGCAUCGAGAGCUUCAAAGCCACCUUCUCCAAGGAGAACAUGAGCAAGACCCGCGAGAACCUGGGCACCAAGGUGAACAAACUCGGCGAGCGCAUCGUGACGGCCGAGAGGCGCGAGAAGAUCCGCCAGUCCGGCGAAAGGCUGAAGCAGUCGGGAGAGAAGCUGAAGGACACCAUCACCAAGAGUGUCCCAGCCAAGCUCAACCUGAAGAAGGAGAGGACAGUGGCAGAGGGCCAGGAGGGAGCCGAGGGCAUCACGGAAGGAGCUCUGCCCGUCCCUCCUCCCAAGGGCCGCAAGACCAGCCCUCACGCCGCCAGGCCGGCCGAAGACGAGGGCAGAGCGGAGGGAUCUGAGGUGCCGAUGUACGACAUGAAGCAGCUGUCCUAAAACCAGAUCUGGGCCCUUUCUUUGGACUUCUGAGACACACUGAGAGGAAGGUUUUUGAGUAGCUGUACAAGAAUAAAUGAUUCAUUAAAAAAUAAAAUAAAGAUU